UAAUCCAUCCAUCCACUCAAUCACUCUCCAAAAUAAAAAACAAGAAAACACUCUCAUCCCCGUCACGCAACCACCAUGUCAUCACCGUCAACACCAGCUCACACACUGAACCUGAUCGGCGUGUUAUCAGAAUCCAAAAAAAUAAUCAACUCCCACUCCCGUCACUUCCUCGCUUUAUCUCUCAUCUUCUUACUCCCUCUCUCUUUCUCUCUCAUCAUUUUCCCCACUCUCUCCCCCCCACAAAACGACAUCGUUUCAACCCAAUUCAUCAUCACCCCAGUCAACAACCCCCUCCCAAAUCACCCUCACAUCCACAUAUACAUAUACACAUACAUUCUCUAUAUCUAUAUCUCCCUUAUUUCCGCUACUGCCACUAUCACCUACAGCACCUUCCACGGCUUUUACGGUAGACCUGUUAAGGUUUUUCCCGCUCUUAAAUCAUUGUUUUUUACCUUUUUCCCUUUACUUUCUACUGUAAUUUCAGCUCAGCUUAUUUUAUUUUUAAUCGUUUUAUCCUUUGGCCUUUUUAUUACUGUCUUUGUUAAGUUAUCCGAAAACCUAGGGUUUGUUAUCGACUACGGUUCGUUUUACUUUACCGUAGUUUUCGCUAUAUUAGUGACUGCUUUAGCUUUGUUGCUACUCUAUUUUGUCAUGACAUGGUCUUUAGCUUUCGUAAUUGUUGUUGCGGAGUGGAAAUGGGGGUUUGCUCCGUUACGGAGGAGCUCGUAUCUAGUAAAAGGGAUGAGGAGCGUUUCUUUAUCGGUGAUUUUGUUGUUUGGCGGUUUGAUUGGGGUUUGGGUUUGGAUGAAUUCGAACGACGUGUUGCAUUUUGAUGUUGUUGAUGGAUGGAGGAGUUGGCCGUUUGUAUUGCAGUUGGUUAUUGGGACGAGUAUGUUGACUUUGUUUUUGCUUCAUAGUAUGUCCGCAAAUACAGUUUUGUAUAUGUAUUGCAAGGCGUUACAUGGUGAAUUGGCGAUUGAGAUUGCGCAGGAGUUUGCUAGAGAGUAUGUUAGUUUGCCGUUUGAUGAUGACAAGGUUCCUCAUGUUGUUACUGUUUUUCCUGCUUAAGGAUUGAUAUAUUGUUGUUCAUGAUAUCUGGAAUAACGGUUUAUGUAUAGUACAUUUGAAUGUUGGAUUUGAAAUACAACUUUGCUUUUGAGAAUUA